AUUUCACGCAUUGCUUCCUAAGUAGCUUAGCAAAGAAGGAAAUCGUGGGAGAGCUGGUUAGGUGAGGUGUUGACUCGGAUCUACUCUCUUCCUGGCUCCUUCUGUGCUUCUUUCUUUCAACUGUGGAAUAAAACAUGGGAAGGGGAAAGAUAGAGAUAAAGAGGAUAGAAAAUACGACGACGAGGCAAGUGACGUUCUCAAAGAGAAGGAACGGACUCCUGAAGAAGACCAAUGAGCUCUCUGUCCUCUGUGACGCCCAGAUAGGACUCAUCGCCUUCUCCAACACUGGUAAGCUCUCUCACUACUCCUCUCACCCCUACAGGAUGGAUCAAAUAAUUGAAAAUUACCAACGAUCUACAGGGACUCACAUAAUGCACCAUGGACAUGCCCAUGAUCAGGAAGAUUUAUUGACUGAGAUGGCAAUGCUGAGGCGUCAAAAUCUAAGCCUUGAGAUGGGGAUUCAGCGCUACCUUGGAGAAGGCAUAGCUUUUCUCCAAUACGAAGAAUUGACUAAGCUUGAAGGAGAACUUCAAAGCUCUGUUGCAAGGGUUCGAAAGCGUCAGGAAAAAGAUUCUAUGCUCAUCAAAUUUGUUUAGUCAAGUCAAAUAUAUUUCGAGCAAGGUUUAAUGGUGGUUACAGGAUAGGCC